AUGAUGUCGCUGUUGUUGUUACUAUAUGGUACUUUUGUAAAAUCCCCACAUGGAUACGAUAAUCAUUACAAUUAGUGUAAACUGCAGGAAGGAGGGAGCAAUUGCUAUUCUGGGCAGUUUCUUAUUAGCUGCAUUCUGUUGAAAAUCUUGUUUUCCUUCCUGAAAAUGUGUGUUUGCUUUAAAGCAGGCCCCAGAAGACGUCCCUCCCUCUCAGACGCUCUUUUUUUUUUUUUUUUAACAUUCUUUCUGUUUUUAAAUUUGAACUGUAGAUUUGUUGCAAUCUCCCAAAUGCACACACACACACACACACACACACACACACACAAAUAUAUAUUAUAUCUGCUUGAGUAGAAACACAGUUAUUUCUCCCUCAGUUGAAGCUGCUUGCCUUUUUCUUGCUCUCUCUUUUUUUUUUUUUACAGCCUGAUUUUGUACAGCACAGCUCAUUUUAUGAUCCUCGGCACUACACUGCAUAUUUUUUUUCACAGUCCGCUCUCUUUAAUUUCAAAGCCUGGGAACCGCUUGAGAGCCUUCCUUUCACACAGCUCUGCAGGGAUGUAAGUAGGGCAAAGCGAGACCAAUAUAGUUUUCCCCUCUCUUCCUUGAACCGCAUUCACAAGCCUGUCACUACCAGAGAAGAAGCAAUAAAGGUCACAGACUUUGUCUGGAGUGUAACCUGUGCAAUAUGCUGCAGGAGCAGCAGCAGCAGCAGCAGCAGACGGCUCUCCUGCGUGGAAAAAUAAUGGGGAAGGAAUGAGGAGGAAAACAAAAGCAAAACGAGUUCUCGACCCUGGAAAUGAAGAAAAACAACAAGAAAACGAAGAGGAAGAAGGAGGAGAAGGAGAAGAAACAGAGCACGGGCUGCAGCUGAAGAGAAGAAAACAAAUGCAGGCUGCCAGGGAGAGAGCAGACGGAAAUUCAUCACUAGCAGCCAGCCUCCACAAGCCCAGAAUGGAGGGAUUUGAUUUAGAAGCUAAUAAUCUGGACAACACAUCUGAUUGCGACUCCACUAGAGAGGAAUCUGAUUAUUUGCAGUCAAGGCCUAAAUCGGAGCUAAUCGCAAUGGUUCUGUGCAUGCAAAGGGAAAUGGAGGGUUUGAGAGAACAAAUACGCUGCCUCACAGCUUGCGGGAAGCUAGCCCGGAACAUCGAGGCUCUGAUUGAGAAAACUCAAACCUGGGUGAGUGGAGACGACAGCAAGCCUGCUGCCCUCGACGUGCAGGACGUUCAGACGGGUGGUCAGCAGGCAGUCAUUCCAGCUGUGAUGCCAGCCGCUGCAGUGGUCAACAGGCAGUGGGUUGAACAGACCUCCCAGGGAGAGGGGAUUCUGAUAGAGUCGGAGCAGGAGCCACAGAGGAAAGGACUGUACGUUCUCCCUGAGUAUAUAACGCAGGAUCUUCUAGACCACUGCAACACCACUGCGACGGCUCAGAAGCUGACCAACGACCUCCUGCGAGGGCUGUACGAGAGGGAGUGCCUGGCGUCCCACUCCAUCUCCGGAAUCGUUUACAACAAAAAGGGACGCCCCAAGCCAGCCCUCCCGGCAGACGAAGUCCAGGCUGUAUUAAGAACGGUGCAGCAUUUUUUCCCUGGAAAGACCGAUGCCGAGAUUAAAGGCUACAUCAGGCAAAAACUGCAAAACGAAGCCAAGAGGCUGAGAAGAAAACCACAGCCUCCCGAAAUCAAGGACAGCUGAACACCUCUGUCAAGGAAGGAAGGAAGGAAGGGAGGGAGAGAACCCUUUCUGCAGAGACUGUGUCUUGAUAUCAGCCUGGCACACCACAGAAUAGAUUUGUUCUGCACAUAAAAUAGUAAAGCAAAGGGAAUAUCUAGU